AGUAACAAUACAGGAUACGUGUGCAUUGCUAGUUGCUACUUCGCGCCAUUUUCAGCUCAGUUGAGAGCAGCUUUGAGAGGAAAAAUGGCGGAACGGGAGGAAGUGGAGAACAAGCAGGUGAUACUGAACCACUGCGUCAGGGGUUCUCCGAAGGAGAGCGAUAUGGAAAUCAGGACCGCCAGAACGAAGCUGAAGCUUCCGGGAGGUUCUUCGGGCGCAAUUUUGGUGAAAAAUCUCUACUUGUCUUGUGAACCUUACACUUACGUGACAAACGGCAUGAGCAAGAUGGAAGGCAAGAUCGAAGGCGUCAACUUGGAGUCCUUCAAUCCUGGCUCUCCUAUAGUGGGAUAUGGAGUUGCUGAAGUUUUGGAUUCUAGUCAUCCAAAUUUUAAGAAAGGUGAUCUGGUGUGGGGAAUCACUACAUGGGAAGAGUACAGCAUUAUCACUUCCACAGAGGGUCUCUUUAAGAUUCAGCACACAGAUGUGCCUUUGUCCUACUAUACAGGCAUCCUGGGUAUGCCUGGCAUGACUGCUUAUGCUGGUUUUUUUGAGGUGUGCUCUCCGAAGAAGGGAGAACGUGUCUUUAUUUCAGCAGCUUCUGGAGCAGUUGGCCAACUUGUUGGGCAAUUUGCAAAGCUAUUUGGCUGCUAUGUUGUUGGAAGUGCUGGAAGCAAAGAGAAGGUUGAUUUAUUGAAGAACAAGUUGGGGUUUGACGAAGCUUUCAACUAUAAAGAAGAGGCAGAUUUAAAUGUGGCUCUGGAAAGGUAUUUUCCAGAUGGUAUUGAUAUUUACUUCGAGAAUGUAGGUGGAAAGAUGCUUGAUGCCGUGCUUCUAAACAUGACCGUCCACAGCCGCAUUGCUGCCUGUGGCAUGAUUUCGCAAUAUAACCUUGAGCAUCCGGAAGGAAUUCACAAUCUGCUUUGCCUACUCACCAAGCGAAUUCGAAUGGAAGGAUUUCUAGUGUUUGAUUACUACCAUCUCUAUCCUAAGUUCCUGGAAAUGAUUAUCCCACAGAUUAAAGAAGGGAAGAUUAGUUAUGUGGAAGAUAUAGCUGAAGGCCUCGAGAAUGGCCCAAGUGCUCUGAUACGGCUAUUCUCAGGGCGCAACAUUGGGAAGCAGCUGGUAGCAGUGACCCGUGGAUAAUGUAUAUCAUCUGGAAUUGCCCUUUUCAAGAGUUGACAAGGAGAAACAAUGACCUCUGUACAUGGCCCUGAAGAGUCAAGACUAAGGAGCAGUUGGUUCAUCAACUUCUCUCUAGUGAGAGAAAUUAGUAAACAACUUGUUGUAGAUAGAACUCUAGUUUCAGUUACAAAUGCAUUGAUAAAAUGGAUCAAAGUGCUGACUGGUCUGCCAAUGGCAGCAUCUGCAGAGAACCAGGAUUGCAUGCAGAUCUUUAGAGAGCCUCCAACUGAACUUGAGGAAAUUCUUGGAGCGGACAUCUUAGGGGUAAACGUUUAAGAGGAUGCACCUCUCUCUUUUGUAACAAAAAAAAAAAAAAAAAAACAAGUGCAAAUCUACCCUUGAACAU